AUGCCGCCAUUUUGGAGUGUGUCGGCAUAUCCAAAUCCUGCGCUAAAAAUACCGACCGUGCCUGACCAGGGGCUGGCCACAUUGGCGAAUUCAGCGCUUGACAUGCUGGCGGCAAAGGGGGAGACGCCAGCGGCGACUGUCGAGGCCAGAGGUGGUCUUGGCACUGCCAAGGCGCUGUCCGCGCUGAAAGAGAACGACGAGAUCACGUUGUCGUACCAAGAGGCGCUGUACGCCGUCAAGGCGCGCAAGAACCUGCGCUACCACUUCCUGUACCUGCCGUUUCCCAUCGCAUUCUUCCUCGUGUUUGCCGCGACCGCCCUCACCCACGUUCCCGUCGAGGUCAUGUUUCCAACGGAAAACGGCCUCGCGACGACGCUCGUGUCCACUGGCACGGACGCGCUGACAGCCGACACAACCAUGAAGUUCAAGAACAUUCAAACGCGAGCGGAUGUGUUUCCGUGGCUGACCAAGACACUGUUCCCAGCUCUGUUUGUCACGACCGACUACAACGGGAACAACUUGACGAGCGACCGCCAUAGCCGGAUCGUCGAAGUGCACAAGCUGUUGGGAGCGGUUGAAAUCACGACGACGUCGGCGGAAGAGACCGACUGCGGGCUCGAGGGGCCGCUCGGGGUCAUCUACAAACCGUGCCACGACUACGAUAACCCCACGAUCAACGUCCCAAUCUACAUCGACUCGAACGCGGACGCGGCGACGGCAAUCGCGACCAUCGUUGAAAAACAAGCGUCCGGCACGUGGAUCACACCGGCCACGACUUCCCUCGUCAUCAACAUUGCGACCUACAACGGCGAAGUCGACCUCAUGUGCAUCACGACCCUCCAGGUCGAAUUCCAGAUCGGUGGCUUCGUCGCAACCAAGUACAAGAUGGCGUCGAUUCCGGCCGAUCCAUACCAUCACACCAAGUCCGUCCUGGCGCUCGACAUUGUCGUGGGGAUUUUCUUCGUGGCGACACUCGGGAUUGAGGUCCGACAGCUCUGGCUCCACCGCAGGAGCAUCGCGACAGCAGCGUACUGGGGCAUCUGGCGCGUCGUCGAGUGGGGCGCGCUCGCUGCCGUGUUAGCGUAUUACGUGUUCUGGGCCAUCGUGUGCGACGGCAUCUACGACACAACUCUGUCGAGCCAGCUCACGGCGCUCGAAGUGUCUGGGACAAUUGACUUUUCCAAGGCCCAAGAGUCGACGGACGAAGGCAAGAUGCUCUUGACGCACGUCAUGGAACGGUAUCGGUCGAUGGGAGACCUCAUGGUCGCGAUUCGCCUGGCGGCGAUGGUGGCGCUGUUUCUGCUCACGAUUCGCAUCUUGGGGUCAUUUCGAUUCCAUCCCCGGUUGAACAUGGUGACGGCGACGCUUGGCGCGUCGCUGCACUCUCUCGGUCCGUUCUUCUUUGUCUUUGUCGUGUGCCUCGCUGCUUUUGUCGUGUCGGGGUGCCUCCUCUUCGGGGAGAAGCUCCUCGCAUUCAGCACCAUCGGCCACGCGACGGUGACGGUGGUCGACAUGCUGUUUGGCCAGUUUGAUCUGGCGGCGAUCUUCGACGUCGACUACCACGUCGCCCUGGUGUGGUACUGGUGUGCCAUGAUCGUUCUCUUCCUCGUCCUGUUCAACAUGCUCCUUGCGAUCGUGCUCGCCGCUUUCGACACGGUGCGAGAGGAGAAGGCAGGCCCGACGCGCAGCGUGACGGAAGAGUUUUCGAUCAUCGCCAAGGAAUUGAUCGGCGUCGAGCACUUUUGGCACCACGACGCGCCCAAGCGGUUCCGGCAGAGCGUGCGCGACGGCAACCUCCAGCGCUUCAACUCCAACACGUUGUCCGAACAUUUGCACAUCGGCAAGGACGAGGCCAAGGGCCUCAUCCACAACAUGAAAGUCCUCUCCGUGGCUGGCGCCGACUUGGACAAGUCCAAGCCCAAAGAUGAUAAGUCUGUGGAGCGAUUGCAUGACCGCAUCGACGCCCUCGAACGCGCGAUUGCAUCCCUUGUCCAGCAGUUGCAGCUCCCGCCCAUGAAGAUGGAAUAAGUCUCGAGCGAAGUCGAUCACGACAGUUAACAAAAUCGAUU